GAGAGAGUAGAGUAUAUACGCACACGCACGAGAGCAUUUUGUAUUGGAACUCAGAAAAUCUUUCAAAUUUCAAAAAGUCAAAGGAAAGGCGGGAUUCCAAACAUUCUCUUCGUCUCUCAGUCUUCUCUCCAUUAUUACAAAUCGAUCGGGAAACGCACGACCCAUCCCCAGAAACAGGUGUAGCAAUGGCGGAAAAUACGGCCAGCAAUAGAAGAAAGCCUCAGAGCUUGAACGAUCGACACUAUCGUCUCCUCCAGGAUCUUUCUGCGGCUCCUAAACAGCCUCCAUCUUCUUCCCAUGAAGAAGACGAAGGAACGAAAAAGUCCAUGACUAAGCUCGCUGGUAGACGUCGUCUUUGCAAGGCAUCGCCAAAGGAAGAUGUAGCCGAUGAAGAUGACGAUCCUGAUUUGGUCGAUUUUGAUUCCCCAGGUAAAGGAGAUACACCACACGAGAGAGCUGGAGCUGAGAGUAAAUUCACAUCUUGGGAUGAAACAAAGGAAGCUAACACAGAGAUGGGUGACGAGCCCAACUUUUCGAUAAUCACAGACUUUGGUUCGCCCUCACCUCAGUUCAAGCAAACGGAGGAAAGGCAAAAUGGUGGUGGAGAGAAUGAGAUUCUGGAUAUUUUGGAUGAUCUGACCUCUAAGCUUGGGACAAUGUCGAUUCAGAAGAAAAAAGAUAAUCAAAGGAGUGACUAUGAUGCGGAUCCAGUUAAGAGCCGGGCUAAUGAUUUUGAGAGCGUCAAAUCCUCAUUUUCCUUGAUAUCGGAUCUUUCCGGGUCCUCGUCUGAUAGUCUCAGUGGCAAGCAAGGGAAUGUUGGUUUUGCCAUCCGGGAAGAGAAAACUAGUUAUGAGUUUGCAGGCGAAAGGGGAGAAAGAAUUUCAAAUGUGGGAAAGCAAAACUCGUUUUCUGGCCAGCACAAUCUUGACCGUGGUAAGGGCCAACGUAAGGAAGCCAACCAAAGUUCGAAGACGACCAAACAUACAGAGGUCAGUGAGAAGCUACGAUCCGUCGGAAUGUCAAAUGCUGCUAAGCUAAGAGAGUUAGACGAGGAUGAUGAUGAUGAUGACUGUGUCCUUUUGACUGGGAAAAAGGCGGCUGAAACGAAAAACCAUAUUGAAAAGCCUAAGAAGCCAGCUCGGUCUUACAACAUUGAAACACAUGGUUAUGAGGAGAGAGUGUUGGAAGAUGAAGGAUCUAUCACUUUACCUGGCCCCAAAUUUUCUUACAAACUGGUUGGAAAGAUUGCAACGAUGUUAUAUCCACAUCAGAGGGAAGGGCUCAAAUGGCUUUGGUCAUUGCAUAUCCAAGAGAAGGGUGGAAUUCUUGGGGACGAUAUGGGUUUAGGCAAAACCAUGCAGAUUUGUAGUUUUCUUGCUGGUCUGUUCCACUCUAAGUUGAUCAAACGUGCUCUCAUAGUGGCACCAAAAACCCUGCUGCCUCAUUGGAUGAAAGAAUUAGCUACUGUGGGGCUUUCACAAAUGACUAGGGAAUACUACGGAAAUUCUACGAAAGCCCGAGAAUAUGAUCUUAACCACAUUCUACAGGGUAAAGGUGUCCUUCUAACGACAUAUGAUAUCGUACGGAACAAUACAAAGGCUUUGCAAGGUAACCACCUCUAUACUGAUGAGGAUGACGAAGAUGGAAUAAAAUGGGACUACAUGAUUCUGGAUGAGGGACAUCUUAUUAAGAACCCCAGCACACAAAGGGCCAAGAGUUUGCUUGAGAUACCAAGUUCUCACCGUAUAAUUAUAAGUGGUACACCGAUCCAGAACAAUCUUAAGGAAUUGUGGGCUCUCUUCAACUUCAGCUGCCCUGGGCUACUUGGUGACAAGAAUUGGUUUAAGCAGAAUUACGAGCAUUAUAUUCUUCGUGGAACUGACAAAAAUGCCUCUGAUAGAGAACAGAGGAUAGGCUCAACAGUAGCAAAGAACUUGAGGGAGCAUAUUCAACCUUUCUUCUUGCGGCGCCUUAAGAGUGAAGUCUUUGGUGAUGAUGCCGCAGCCUCCAAACUUUCAAAGAAGGACGAAAUUGUUGUAUGGCUACGGUUAACAGCUUGCCAGAGGCAAUUAUAUGAAGCUUUCUUAAACAGUGAAAUUGUUCUCUCAGCUUUUGAUGGUUCACCUCUAGCAGCUCUAACGAUUCUGAAGAAAAUAUGUGACCACCCGCUUCUCUUGACUAAGAGGGCUGCUGAGGAUGUCCUCGAAGGAAUGGAAUCAACAUUAACACAAGAAGAAGCAGGCGUGGCGGAGAGGCUGGCUAUGCAUAUUGCAGACAAUGUGGAUACAGAUGAUUUCCAGACCAAAAAUGACAGCAUCUCCUGCAAAUUGUCAUUCAUCAUGUCGCUACUGGAAAAUUUGAUUCCAGAAGGGCACCGUGUUCUAAUCUUCUCCCAGACACGCAAGAUGCUUAAUCUCAUUCAGGAUUCUCUUACCUCCAACGGUUAUAGUUUCUUGCGAAUUGAUGGUACAACAAAAGCCCCCGACAGAUUGAAGACUGUUGAAGAAUUUCAAAGUGGUCAUGUGGCUCCUAUAUUUCUCUUGACGUCUCAAGUUGGUGGUCUCGGCCUUACUCUGACAAAGGCAGACCGUGUGAUUGUGGUUGACCCUGCCUGGAAUCCAAGCACUGACAACCAGAGCGUUGAUCGAGCAUACAGAAUUGGGCAAACCAAGGAUGUUAUCGUGUAUAGGUUAAUGACCUCAGCAACUGUUGAAGAAAAGAUUUACAGAAAGCAGGUGUACAAGGGAAGUUUGUUUAAAACCGCAACUGAGCAUAAAGAACAAAUCCGCUAUUUCAGCCAGCAGGAUCUUCGAGAACUUUUUAGUCUUCCCAAGGGCGGCUUUGAUGUUUCACCUACACAGCAGCAACUAUAUGAAGAGCAUUACAACCAGAUCAAACUAGAUGAAACUCUGGAAUCCCACGUUAAGUUCCUGGAAACUCUUGGUAUAGCUGGAGUGAGUCAUCACAGCUUACUCUUCUCCAAGACUGCUUCUGUCCAGCCGAUACAGCAAGAAGAAGUAGAAGAAGUAAGGAGAGGAACAACAUCAUUCAUGGGACGCCCAUCAGCAAGUUCUUCACAGGACAACAUGGUCAAUGGGGCUGAGUAUGCUUUCAACCCAAAGGAUGUGAACGUGGACAAGAGAAUCAACAUUUCCCCAAUCGACGAGAAUGAAUUGUCGGAAAGCGAGAUCAAAGCAAGAAUCAGUCGGUUGUCUAUGCUAUUCGAGAACAAGAGUACGGUCUCAAGGUUACCUGAUAGAGGAGCCAAAAUACAGAAGCAGAUUGCUGAUUUAACUCGAGAGCUCGAAGAAAUAAAGGCAGCACGGAGCAAUGAUAAGCCUCAAGUUAUUGACUUGGAGGAUAUAAGUCAGAAGAUGCACAAAGGAUUGAAUCUCUAGUAGUUUAGGACAAGUCAAGAUUCAAAAGAUGCAAUGACCAUCAUGCUUUAUGAUUUCUUUUUUGUUGAAUCGAGACAAGUCCAAAUUUGGUUCUUGUAGAACAGAAAAGUCAAUUACCAAAUGACUUACGUACUGCAAAGGAGAUAAACGUUAUUGAUCUUUUUUCCAGAGUGUGAUAAACCAUAUUUGUUCUUUUAAUCUCGACGAACAUAGAAG